AUGGCUCACUCCAUGCGCUUCUUCGCUACUGUAUUAUUCCUAACAAUACUUGUCAUGGCCACUGAAAUGGGACCAAUGAGAAUUAUAGAGGCAAGAAUUUGUGAGUCGCCGAGCCAACGAUUCAAGGGACCAUGUCUUACCGAUCGAAAUUGUGCCUCCGUCUGUGAGACUGAAGGAUUUACCGGUGGUGAUUGUCGUGGAUUCCGUCGCCGUUGCUUCUGCACUAAAGAAUGCUAUUAA